AUGGAGCAGGACUUCGAGGCGGACGACCCCGCCCUGGAGAUCCCGAUGGUGUUCUCGGAGCGCCUGCCCCGCAGGCUGCUGGAACGCCGCCUGGACGCGGGCCAGCGCCACGGGCCGCAGCGCGCGCGAGACAACCCGAUCCGCUGUGCCGCCCCCAGUCCCACCACCCGCGGCGCCGUGCUCGGCCUGGAGCUGGGCGACGUCCUGCACUGGCCCCUGUCGGCCGCAAAGGCCAGGCGGGUGCGGCGCCUCGGCGGACAUGCGGGCGUGGUGGCCGCCGCGCUGGUGCCAGGCGCGGACAGCGCGGCAUGGGCGGGGCUAGUGCUCACGGGAUCCGCGGACGCGUGCAUCAAGGUGUGGGACUUGGGGGCGGUCGGGGAGGGGUCGUGCGUGCAGACGCUGCACGGCCACGGGGGGACUGUGACGACCCUGGCGGCGGUGGGCACGUGCGUGGUGAGCGGGAGCACGGACAGGAGCGUUCGGGUGUGGCGCGCGGCGCCGGGGAGGAAGUCGCUCAUCUACCCGUGGUUCGAGCCGGAGGCUGGGAAGCUGCCUGGAAUGGAGCGUGGAGGGGCGAGUCAGCAGAGGGUCAGGCAGUCCUGCACUGGCAUUCCGGAAACUGCAUGA